GUCUGGCCUUAGUAUAAGAACAUGUCUCUCUCGCCUGUAUUGUAGGUUCUUUCUUACGACGACCCGUAAAAGUCGCGCUGUAGGAAGAAGUUUCGCAAGCCUUCUCUUUAUUCCAUUUGCUUUGUCUACGACCAAGGACCAGGCAUCAUGCGUGAGUGUAUCAGUAUCCACGUUGGCCAGGCUGGUGUCCAGAUUGGCAAUGCCUGCUGGGAGCUGUACUGCUUGGAACAUGGCAUCCAGCCUGAUGGCCAAAUGCCCAGUGACAAGACCAUUGGAGGUGGAGAUGAUUCCUUCAACACUUUCUUCAGUGAGACAGGAGCAGGAAAGCAUGUUCCCCGAGCUGUGUUUGUAGACCUGGAACCAACCGUGAUAGAUGAGGUUCGUACUGGUACUUACCGCCAGCUCUUCCAUCCUGAGCAACUCAUUACUGGGAAAGAAGAUGCAGCCAAUAACUAUGCCCGUGGCCAUUACACAAUUGGCAAGGAGAUCAUUGACCUGGUUCUGGACAGAGUUCGUAAACUAGCUGACCAAUGCACAGGUCUCCAGGGCUUCCUGGUCUUCCACAGCUUCGGUGGUGGCACUGGCUCUGGCUUUACAUCCUUGCUGAUGGAGCGCCUGUCAGUUGACUAUGGCAAGAAAUCCAAGCUUGAAUUCUCCAUCUACCCAGCUCCCCAAGUGUCAACAGCUGUAGUAGAGCCCUACAACUCCAUCCUAACCACCCACACUACCCUGGAGCACUCAGAUUGUGCUUUCAUGGUUGACAAUGAAGCCAUCUAUGACAUCUGUCGCAGAAACCUUGACAUUGACCGACCCACUUACACCAAUCUGAACAGAUUAAUAGGCCAGAUAGUGUCCUCCAUCACUGCCUCCCUCCGCUUUGAUGGUGCCCUGAAUGUUGAUCUGACAGAGUUCCAGACCAACUUGGUGCCAUAUCCCCGUAUCCACUUCCCAUUGGCCACCUAUGCCCCAGUUAUCUCUGCUGAGAAAGCAUACCAUGAGCAGCUUUCAGUAUCUGAGAUCACCAAUGCUUGCUUUGAGCCAGCUAACCAGAUGGUCAAAUGUGACCCUCGCCAUGGCAAGUACAUGGCCUGCUGCCUCCUUUAUCGUGGUGAUGUUGUGCCAAAAGAUGUCAAUGCAGCCAUUGCUACUAUCAAAACCAAACGUACCAUCCAGUUUGUGGAUUGGUGUCCAACUGGUUUCAAGGUUGGCAUCAACUACCAGCCUCCCACUGUGGUCCCUGGAGGUGACCUGGCUAAAGUACAGCGUGCUGUGUGCAUGUUGAGCAACACCACAGCUAUUGCUGAAGCCUGGGCUCGCCUGGACCACAAGUUUGAUCUGAUGUAUGCCAAGCGUGCCUUUGUUCAUUGGUAUGUUGGUGAGGGUAUGGAGGAAGGAGAAUUCUCAGAAGCUCGUGAAGAUAUGGCUGCUCUGGAGAAGGAUUAUGAAGAAGUGGGUGUUGAUUCAGUGGAGGGAGAAGGGGAAGAGGAAGGAGAGGAAUAUUAAAACAUGGUGCUGCUGUAACAGGGAACAAAGACAAAUGUAAGAAACUGUGGGUUAAACAUAAUUGUCAAGAUUGACCAAUGAAGUGAAGUCCUUUGCUACAUGACUCCCAUUGUUUAAUCAACUUUAAAUUUUUCAACAUUCCAUAUUUAUUUUUAAGUCUGUUUGUAAACUUGUUCUUUCUGUGGUGAACUAUACGGUACUCACAUGUCAAGCAUCCUUUAUUGACUUCAUCUGGCUUUGGGUCAAGGGAUGCCAUUUGUAUUUAAGUUUUGAUUUGCAUCUGUUAUCUUUAGCAAUGUCUUUCAAGAAAUUGCAGUAUAGCCCUGUGAAGAAAAAAUUGGACUUUGUUGCAAAACUAACUCACAUGUUGUCUUUAUUGCUUUAUCAAUAAAUAAGAUCCCUGUCUUUAA